ACACCCUUCGUGUUUGGUGUUUGUGUUUGCUUUCAGUGUCUUCCAUCACAGGGAACUCUCUGCCCCCUGGGGCCGAGAGACCCCACCCUUUCCCCAAGCUGAAGCCGCAGAGCAUUGAGGUACCAGCCAGAUGUCUUCUCACAAAGGACCUGUGGUGGCCCAGGGCAGUGGGGCUCCUGCCGGGAACAGGGAGGCAGACACAGUGGAGCUGGCUGAGCUGGGCCCCCUGCUAGAGGAGCAGGGCAAGCGGGGCGUCGCCAGCCCAACCAAAGGUGGGUGUGUGUUUCCUUCGUUCCUGCAGGCCGAAGAAGAGCAGGCAUGCCCAGUGCCUCAGGAAGAGGAGGAGGAGGUGCGGGUGCUGACACUGCCCCUGCAAGCCCACCAUGCCAUGGAGAAGAUGGAGGAGUUUGUGUAUAAGGUCUGGGAGGGGCGCUGGCGGGUCAUCCCGUAUGACGUGCUUCCCGACUGGCUGAAGGACAACGACUACCUGCUGCACGGCCACAGGCCGCCCAUGCCCUCCUUCCGGGCCUGCUUCAGAAGCAUCUUCCGCAUCCACACGGAGACCGGCAACAUCUGGACCCACCUGCUCGGCUUCUUUGCUCUCCGUCCUGUAGGUUUUGUGCUGUUUCUCUUUCUGGGAAUCCUGACCAUGCUCAGACCAAACAUGUACUUCAUGGCCCCCCUUCAGGAGAAGGUGGUGUUCGGGAUGUUCUUCCUGGGCGCCGUGCUCUGCCUCAGCUUCUCCUGGCUCUUUCACACCGUCUAUUGUCACUCAGAGAAGGUCUCGCGGACCUUUUCCAAACUGGACUACUCGGGGAUCGCCCUGCUGAUCAUGGGGAGCUUUGUGCCCUGGCUCUACUACUCCUUCUACUGCUCGCCGCGCCCGCGCCUCAUCUACCUCUCCGCCGUCUGCGUCCUGGGCAUCUCUGCCAUCGUUGCGGCCCAGUGGGACCGCUUUGCCACUCCCAAGCACCGGCACACAAGAGCAGGGGUGUUCCUGGGGCUCGGCCUGAGCGGCGUCGUGCCCACCAUGCACUUUACAAUCGCGGAGGGCUUUGUCAAGGCCACCACGGUGGGCCAGAUGGGCUGGUUCUUCCUCAUGGCUGUGAUGUACAUCACCGGAGCCGGCCUUUAUGCCGCGCGGAUUCCCGAGCGCUUCUUCCCUGGGAAAUUCGACAUAUGGUUCCAGUCUCAUCAGAUCUUCCACGUCCUCGUGGUGGCAGCCGCCUUCGUCCACUUCUACGGGGUCUCCAACCUUCAGGAGUUCCGAUACGGCCUGGAAGGGGGCUGUACUGACGACUCCCUCCUCUGAGCCGCCCCGCGAGGGCACAGCAGGAACUUCCCAAGUGCUUUUAAAAUAACUUCUUUGCUGAAGUGAGAGGAAGAGUCUGAGUUGUCUUGUUUCUAGAAGAAACCUCUGAGAGAGCUCAGAACCAACCGAGCUUCAGCCCACUUCACACUCACCGGGCAAUAAACUCUCCGUGCCGCCGCUGAGAGCAGUGAGGAUGGGCAGGCGUGGCCGCGCCCCCCUCGGUAAGGCAACUACUACCGGCCCCUCCCAGAGACGGGGCUUUGGAGCUCAUGUGGAGAUUUUACCCCUCCUCCAACCAUUCUGGGGAAAGAUGCUGGACUGGGACUUUUCAGAAAUUCUGUUUCUGGAAGAAACUGUCCCUCCCUCACCCCCAUCUUGACUUUGUAACCUGGCUUAUAACAGGCCAUCCGUUUUUGUAGCACACUUUUGAAAAACUGUUAUAACCUCGUCCAUCUUUCUAGGGCCUGGACUUGCUCACACAGCAGGAAGAGCAAAGCCACCAACCUUUACACAGCCGGCUAAUCAUGGAAGUGUGUCCAGGCUUCAGAUAACUUGAGUUUUAAUGUUUUCUUGGCAGAGUAAUGUAAAAUUAAAGUGGGGAAAGAUAUUUAAUAUUUAAUACUAAGCUUUAAAAAGAAACCUGCUAUCAUUGCUAUGUAUCUUGAUGCAAAGACUAUGAUGAUAAUAAAAGAGUACAGAAGACACGCUUGGCAUUC